AUGUCAGCCCUUAAAUCACAAUUAAAAGGUCUUAAAGAGCUUCGUCUCCAGUUCUGUCAGACUUCACCUUCCAGCAGCGGGCUUCGCGAUUUCAUUACAAAGAAUUAUACCAAUAUCAAGAAAGCCAACCCUGAACUUCCCAUAUUAGUGCGUGAGGCUAGCGGAAUCGAAGCUCGAGCAUUUGCUCGUUUCGACAAAGGAGUUGAAAGAAAGGUCACGCUCCAGAAUGCUUCUUCCCAAGAAGUAGAAGACAUUUUAGCUCAAUUAGUUAAAUCUGCACCUUAA